AUGCCUUGUCCCAUGUGCGCCAGCGCGCUCGUCGCGAAUAUCUUGGGAGCCUCCGCCGUGGGCACCGCGGGAGGGGUCGCCGCCCUCAAGAUGAAAGACAAGGCUCGAAAGGUCAAGUCAUCCAAGCCCAAGCCCAAGCCCAAGGCGAAAUGA